AUGGAAGUUCCAGUUAAUCGACAGGCGUUCGAAUUGGUCUGCGACGACAUCUUCGUCGCCCCUCGUGAGGCUCGGUGGUUGUCGGAGGAGGGGAUCAACGAACUGUUUGAACGCGCCGCCAAGCUUGUUCCAGGAGAGGGCAAGACCAAAGCUCUUGAGGCCACAGCAGUUCGCUUGAGCAAAGAAUGGUCUGCUGUUUUGGAGACGCAUGAAGCACCCGAUAGCCUUGUGAAGAAGGUACGGGGCAAAUACGCAUGGCCGCCAAAGAAAAAGAUGUCGUUUGACUGA